AUGGAUUUUGAGAAUGAUGAUGAAUAUCCUAUCCCAAAUGAGUAAUAAAUUUACUCAUCCUUCCAGUCUGAUAAUGAGAUUUCCAGACUUCAUUUUCUUGCCACUACCUAAUCAAGAUAUGAAACUCAGCAUAUACUUUAUCUCGCAAAGUACUUCCUAGAAUUCGAAUAAAAAAAAAUAAACAAUCAAACUGCGAUCAUUGUAUCUGUUUGCCUCACAAAAUUGACACAAGAACUCAAAUCCUUAAAUCCACAUUUGAUGACCAAAAUCCUUGCUCAUAUUAGAAGGCUAAUAAAAAAUUUAUCAUCAAUUAACGAACUUCAUAUUGGCUUUUUGGAAUCCUGCAUAUCGUCUUCCAACUAUAAGAUAGGAUAUGAAUUCAUCAAGUCCAAAAUAUUUGUACAUGGAUGUUUGGAAAAGAAAAGCUUGGUCAUGAUCGAAUACUUUUAUUUAUCGGGUGUGAUUGCCAAUGCUUAGAUGGAUUUCGAUGAGGCUUUGAGAUGCUACAAGAUUGCUUAUAAAUUCAAUUCAAAUGAUAACUUUACUUUGGAAGCUCAGAAGAUGGAGACUUUACUUUCCUUCAGAUUGGGUUUGGAAUUGAGGAAUUGGUCUCAUCCAGCAAAUCAUGAAUUAGUUAGUAAAUUAUAGAGCCUUAUCAACCAAAAGGAAUAUAAAGAAUUAAAGGAGAAGGAUUUUGAUUUCCAAGAUAAGGACGCUCAUUUAUGCUUAAAAGAAUGGUCCUUACAAGCGUAACUCUAUUAAUUUUUGAAAGAUGAGCAAGAACUCCAUUCUAAAGUAUCGUUUGACUAGUUAAUUCAACAUUUUAGACUCCAGGGUUAAGAUGCUCUCUUAGAUCUCCUAUUACAAAUCAAUAGGAUUCAUAAGAUGUUCUUGAUUAAUGAGGAGAAAAAUUACAUCGAAUUUAAAUACAACAAUUUAAAUUAUAAGGAAAUCAAUAGUAAAUUGGAAAGCAGGUAUAAUCUGCUCAAAUCGUUAGCGGAUGUAAAGUGA